AUGGAAUAUCUCUAUGUAUUCCUUUUAUUGGUCUCAUGGAUUUCUUAUAUUCAUGCACAGAAAUUCGCCGAAGAAAGUCCAUACAUGUUAAUUCGAUUGAUGGAUGUUAAAUUGAAUGAGUGGAAACCGGCAAUGCUAGAUAAAAUGGAGAAAGUACUGGAUGCUGAAUUGAAAUAUACGGAUGAAAAAAAAGGCAUUCGAUGCUCGUCAAUUGAUUUUGAACAACAAGUUGGCUAUCCAGUACAAGAUUCACGCUUUCUUGAUUUAAGUAUACGAGGUUUAUGUAAAGAUGAUUAUGGUAGUAUCCAUAAUAUCGAUAAAUUAUUAAUGACUGAUGCUAUUAAACGAAGUAUUGACAAAGUGAAAGAAGUAACAUCAGGAACUGUUUUUAGUGUUGGUAACGUUCAAUUGUAUGAACGUAAUACAAAUAAACUUAAUUGGAUUAUUAUACCUUUAUCCGUUGGAUUAGUAGUUCUUCUUUUUGCUAUAACAUUUAUUUUACGUCAAUUGAGACGUAAACAAAAACGUGAACAUAUUCUCAACGAACUAAAGAAGAAAAAAGACGCCUCACUAAAACAAAUUCCAACAACAGCUAAUACCGAUCCAUAUACAAAUGAAAAGCAGCGUUUAUUACAAUUGGAUUCAAAAGUGGUUGGUAAUGCAUCGGAUAUAUUAGGUAGCCCAAAAGAUUUCACAGAUGAUCAAUAUCCUAAUCCAACUCGUACAAAUCAAUCUGCUGGUGAUAAAACCGGUGAAUAUCGAGCAGGCCCAACAACAACAUCCAAAGAAAGUCGACCAGUAUAUUACAAUAUAGAUAAUAAUAAAUCAUUUUCAAAGCAACGAACAACCGGACCAGAUGGUGAACGAGCCAAUAUGCCUUUUGAUGAUGAAGCAAGACUUUUGCCAAGCCGAUCGCAACCUCAGUAUGAUCCACGUUAUCCAGAUAUGAUUCCUUUACAAGAACAACAACCACGUGUAGUCGUUCGAACAAUACGCGACGAUGGCAAUCAGCCGUCAUAUUAUCAACAACAAGAAGAUCCAUCAACAAAAUUUGUGCCUAUUCCAGUACAAAUUGAACGAAGUGGUCCUCAUCAACGAUAUGUUCCACCGCCUUAUCAUUCCGAUCCUUAUUAUCGACAUACAAAUGCUUAA